CCUGUGAGUUCCUCCGUCAUGGGUGAACCUUUCUCCAAAGGAUAACAAGUGAUCUUGUUGUUUGGUCACUCUUCAGAGCAUCUUGCCAUAUUUGUUCCAUCUUAUCCUUGCUCUGUUCUUGGAAUCCCACCAUCAGACAAGACCUCGACCAUUAAGACCAGGUGGUGGCUCCCACAAGAGGACAGAGUCAUGGCUGAGAGAUUCAUGUGUUUCAUGGCAGGGUCAUCUUCAGACUUCAGCUCAUGGUAAACACUUAAGUGUUGGGCCCGACAUCGACAGUGCCGCCACGCUGCCACGAUAUCACUGGAUGUUCACCUGAACACCUUUUAUAACACCAGCUUUCAGGAACCCAAGUUGCCAGGAUGAGACUGACUCUGCACACACUUAUCUGCUGUUGUGUGCUCUCUGUGGCCCUGCCAGUGGAGCGAGGUGCCACAGAAGACGUGAACUCCAGUCAGAGAAAAAGACUGCGAGUCUGGAUGCAGAGUCACAUCAGGAGAUCGAGCAGUGGUGACAUCCAAGAUGGACCUCAGACAGAUGGGACCGCACCAGCACCAACACCAACACCAACACCAGCACUUAAUUCAAGCAGCGCUGAACAACACAGCGUACAGAAGAGAUCAGCAGUGAAGGUGUCCGCCUGUGUCCUGUUCGCAUGUUCGUACCACGAGCUACUCCAUCGCCUGUACCAGAUCACCAACAAGCAGAGAGACGCCAACGCUCCAGAGAAGAAGAUGGGCUCUGGAGGUUACGGACGGCGCCGCCGCUCUCUGUCAGAGGUCACAAGACCAUCCCGCCGAAAGCCAACAUUCUAAGACAAUAGACUUCUGAUCGUUUGGUUCGCAUGUCGAGGCUGCGAGGGGGACAAGCAAAAAAAAAAAAGGUUAGGUUUUGAGGCUGAAGUGCAGGUGCAGCGAUGUGGAUGAGGCUCGAGGGACUGAACUGGAACUGGCAGAUAGAAAUGACUGAAGCUAACCCUGCUAGGUGGACUGCUAUAACUGCUUGAACAUUGUCUCAAAAGUGCAAUUCAUGUAAUGUGUACUCAAUGUAUUUAAUUCUAAUAUGCUUUAUUAUCACUGCCUUUCUAUAAACACUGUACGUGCCUGUUUAUGAAAGUAACUUCAGUGAAGUAUUAUGUACAACAUGUAUCUAUGAUUAAUCAUGUAUCACUGUAUUUACACUCGGUAACUCAAUUUGGGAGCCAAAUCCUGUUUUCAAAAAAACUCUAGCCGGUGUUUUGCUGCCAUCUAGCUUUACGUUGGGCUCA